GCCCUGAUUCACUGAUUCAGAUCACAAGCGGCGCUUCCUCUCCUUCUCCCCUUCAUUUUCUUCAUCUUUUUCAUUCUCCUGCUGCUCGGCGUCGCCAACACUGGUGGCGGAUUCAGCUGUUGCGAUGAACAAUUUGCUUGGUUCAGAAGGGGAUUCUCAAAGAACACUGUAUCCAUAUGUGACUGGGACAUCAGUUGUUGGCAUCAAGUACAAAGAUGGAAUUCUCCUUGCUGCUGAUAUGGGAGGCUCUUAUGGAUCUACACUUCGCUACAAAACUGUGGAGAGAUUGAAGCCGGUGGGAAAACAUUCCAUUAUUGGUGCGAGUGGUGAGAUCAGUGAUUUUCAAGAGAUAAUGCGAUAUCUCGAUGAACUCAUCCUGGUUGAUAACAUGUGGGAUGAUGGCAACUCCUUUGGUCCUAAAGAGGUGCAUAAUUAUCUAACCCGGGUUAUGUACAAUCGGCGUAAUAAGUUCAACCCAUUGUGGAACUCUCUUGUUCUUGGUGGAGUUAAAAAUGGACAAAAAUACCUCGGAACGGUCAGUAUGAUCGGCGUGCACUACGAGGACAACCAUGUUGCAACUGGCUUUGGAAAUCACCUAGCAAGGCCAAUCCUGCGCGAUGAGUGGCAUGAAAAUCUGAGCUUUGAAGAAGGUGUGAAAUUGCUGGAGAAAUGCAUGCGGGUGCUCCUGUAUCGUGACCGAUCAGCUGUCAACAAGCUUCAGAUUGCAAAAAUCACCGAGGAGGGCGUGACGAUCUCCCCACCCUAUUCGUUGAAAACAUUUUGGAAUUUUGCUGCUUUCGAGAACCCUACGGCAGGUGCAGUCGGCUCGUGGUAGUUCGAAAACUUUAUGCAGUCAGUCAUGAAACUUUGCAGCAGUUUUAAGUAAGAUGUUUGUUGGUGUACUGUUGAAAUCUCUGCUUGUUUCUGCACUUUGGAACCAUUUAUGAUUAUGCUUUUCGACUAAAUUCUGAGGUUGGAUAAAUUAUUGAAGUGUCUGUUUUUCUGUUUA